CCUAUUGUGACCUCAUGAGGAGCGACUGUGAGGAGGUCCAGCCAACAGAUGUUAAGCUGUAGCCAGGCCUGGAUUUCUUUGAGUGCUUUGAGAGGAGGUGUGGAGUGGAGCCCUCUGCGACUUGGUUUUAUCUAGUGAGCUGUGUGUGGUUGUAUCGGAUUUUACUGUACUGUGUAUAUGUGUAUGUGUCUAUGUGUGUAGGAUGAUGUGUGUUGACAGAUUUGCUUGUGUGAGACUGUGUGUACACUUUCUCCCGUGUUUGUCAGUAUAUGUAGGAGUGUGUGAGUUUACAGGUUUGUGUGUAUGUGUUUGUAUGUGUGUACGUUUUCUUGUGCAUGUGUGUGUCCCUGUGUGUAUGUUUGUGUGUGUCUGUGAUGUGCGUUUUUAUUGGUGUGCUUGUGUGUAAGUAUGUGUGUACCUGUUCAUAUGUGAUUGGGUUUUGUGUGAAUCUGGGUGUUUGUAAGAGUUUGUCUGUGUGAGUAUAAGUACACUUUUGUGUAUUUCUGUGUGUGCUUCUGUGUGUGCCUGUGUGUGUGUGUGUGUGUGUGUGUGUGUGUGUGUACACACGUUCCCAUCCCCUUUUGCCCCUUCUUGUAUCUAUAUUACCUUCACCUCAGUGCAAGCGAGUGUAGAGGCCAGAAGUCAGCCCGGGCUCCUGUUCCUAAGGUAGCAUUAGUACUGAUAAAAUGCCUACAGAGAUUGAGAAGGAGUUACCCCCUCCUAGGCCCGAUCCCAGUAUCUCUCAGGAGGGAACCUUUCAUUCCCAAUAUAAAGUACUGAAGACUAUUGGAAAAGGAAGCCAUGCCAAGGUCCUCCUGGCCCACCACCAGCUCACAGGAACCCCAGUGGCGGUCAAAGUUCUCCGAAAGAACAAGCAGUGGUUCCAGCCAGCCAUGACAGAAGCAAACAUAAUGAGAAAGAUCAACCACCCCAACAUUGUUUCUCUCUUACAAGUCAUUGAAAACAAAACUAGAAUAUACCUCAUAAUGGAGCUGGUGGAAGGCCAACAACUCUACCAGUACAUCAGAGAGUCAGGGCACAUAGAGGAGGAUGAGGCCCAGCAAAUAUUUGAACAGAUAUUGUCAGCAGUGAGCUACUGCCAUGGAAAGGGGAUUGUUCACCGAGACCUCAAACUGGACAAUAUAAUGAUCAAUAAAAACAAAAAGGUCAAAGUCAUCGACUUUCAGCUUAGCACCGAAACACAACCUGGACAUAUGCUAAACCAGCACUGCGGUGCGUACUCUUUUGGUUCCCCGGAACUCUUCCUUGGACUUCUGUAUGACGGGAUGAAGAAUGACAUGUGGACAAUAGGAGUGGUCUUGUAUUAUAUGGUAGUGGGAAAGCUUCCAUUUGAUUCAGUGAUCAUCCAAGAAUUACAAAUACAAGUUGUUGCAGGGGUGUAUCCUACCCCCUGUGGGGUUUCAGAAGAACUGGAGAACCUCCUUACUCAAUUACUAACAGUAAAUCCAAUGUAUAGACCAACAGCCAGUGAGGUGGUGAAACAUGCCUGGUUCAAAGAACACGGGAAGGGGUUCACGGGUCGUUGUGAAGAACUGCUUCCCCUCAGGCCAGACCCUGAAAUUUUGGGUGCGAUGAAAUGCAUGGGAUUUCAAGCCUCUGUAAUAAAAUACUCCCUAAUAAAAAGAAAAUAUAAUGAGGAAAUGGCAACUUUUUACUUCCUACAACAGCAGGCCCUCCCGGGGUAUGGCUGCACAGCCCAGGCACAGCAAGUGCGUCCCAUUGCAGCCCCAUUUCCUAGCCUUGAUCCUGCAGGUGCUUUUAGAUUACAAAGAAAGAGGAGUGGAAGCCUGCCAGUCCUUGGCACCUUGCAGGUGUCAUUCUCCCACAGUCAAGUAUAUCAGUAUGGCCAGAAGGCUCAUCCAAAAGGAGGAAGAAGGUCAACUGUGCCUGGUCCUCUCAGGGCACUACCACUAUCACAAAUGUGCCAUGAGUGUCCCAUGCAUUCAAACAACAAGCAUCUUCAGUGAGAAGAGUAGCAACAAGGAAAUAAAAGAAGAUAAUCUACUCUCCCACAGAGCCCCAUUAGAGGAUAAGCCCAUUUCCAGCAGGGUCCGGCACAGAGGUUUUAAGGUGUGGACCAUGAAUAUAGCAAAUGCCCUGAUUAAUCUUUGUUGCUGCUUGCCAAGGAGAAAGAAACCUCGCCUGGGGCAGAACAGCAUCUCACCCGAGAAAUGAGCCACAGGGAGAGUCCAGAGAACAAGCAGCAGGCAUAGCCCAGGUAUCUUUGUGCUUUGUCCUUUCCAGUUUGCUCUAUGCUCCUCCUUCCUCUGUCUCUGGUUUCCAUUUUCCCCACAAUUCUUACC